AUGGCAAUUACCACACAGAGUGGUAAAGUAUUACCAGGACCUUCUAUGGGCAAAGCUCUGGUUGAUGGAUUAGAAAAAGGUAAACACAAGGAAAAGGAAGCAGUGGUGACUUCUAUACCAAAACCACCACCUCUUUUUCCUCAUAGAUUAAAGAAGAAGGCCAAUGAUACAAAGUUCAGAAAAUUUAUGGCCAUGCUUAAGAAAUUGAUGAUCAAUUUACCAUUGGUGAAGGCAUUGGAACAAAUGCCCGAGUGUUCAAAGUUUAUGAAAGACCUUGUCAUGAAGAAGCAUACAGUUAUCUAUGAGCCGAUGAACAAUCUCCAUUAUUAUAGUGCUAUCUCCACACAGUUUUUGGUGCAGAAGAAGGUAGACCCAAGAGCAUUUACCAUCCCUUACACUAUUGGGUCUAUUGAUUUUGCAAAAGCUCUUUGUGAUUUGGGAGCUAGUAUAAACUUAAUGCUGCUUGCUAUGUAUAAGAAAUUGGGUUUGGGGGAUCCUAUUCCCACAAACAUAAGGAUAGUUAUGAAAGAAAGGUCUGUGAAGCAAUCUAUAGGGAUUCUGCAUGAUGUACUUGUAAAGGUUGCUGAUUUUAUAUUUCUUGCCGACUUUGCCAUUCUUAGCAACUGGGAGAGUAUUAGUUGGCCUGGAGUUGAAUGA